AUGGCUCCUCAAUUGGAACCUUUCUUCAAGCAGGUGGAUGAGUUGUCUGAUUCUUUUAUUGAACGUCUACGGAAAGCGGUGGCCAUCCCAUCAAUUUCUGCCCAGGAGGAGCACAGGAAGGAUGUUUUCAAGAUGGCCCAAUUCCUCGCUUCCGAACUCGAGGCACUCGGGGCAGAGGUGCACCAACGUCCUCUAGGCAAGCAGCCCGGAAAAGAGCAUCUUGAUCUACCACCAGUCGUCAUUGCUCGAUAUGGCAAUGACAAGAAUAAGCGGACCAUCCUUGUGUAUGGACACUAUGACGUUCAGCCGGCCUUGAAGGAGGAUGGAUGGGCUACCGAGCCGUUUGAGUUGACAAUUGAUGAGAAGGGAAGAAUGUACGGUCGUGGCAGCACAGAUGAUAAGGGGCCCGUUAUGGGCUGGCUGAAUGUCAUCGAGGCGCAUAAGAAAGCUGGCAUCGAGCUUCCCGUCAAUCUUCUCUGCUGCUUCGAGGGCAUGGAGGAAUACGGAUCUGAAGGUCUCGACGAUUUCAUCAAAGCUGAAAGCAAGAAUUUUUUCAAAGACACAGACGCUGUCUGUAUCUCGGAUAACUAUUGGCUGGGAACGGAGAAGCCGUGCCUUACCUAUGGUCUCCGAGGGUGCAAUUACUAUUCUAUUAGGGUAUCUGGUCCUGGACAGGACCUUCACAGUGGCGUCUUUGGGGGCUCUGCCCACGAGCCUAUGACCGAUCUGGUUACAAUUCUGUCAAAGCUAGUGGAUUCGCAGGGCAACAUUCAAAUUCCUGGUCUCAUGGAUCUCGUUGCACCGCUCACGGAGGAGGAGAAAUCCCUUUAUCCUGGGAUCAGUUACUCAAUGCAGGAUCUUCAUGAUUCCUUGGGGAGUGAAACGAGUAUUCAUCCUACCAAAGAGAGGACGUUAAUGGCCAGGUGGAGGUACCCGUCACUGUCUAUUCAUGGAAUCGAAGGCGCCUUUUCAGCUCCCGGGGCAAAAACGGUGAUUCCAGCGAAUGUUACUGGUAAAUUCUCCAUACGAACUGUUCCAAAUAUGGAAAGUGAGGAUGUGAACCGGCUCGUUUUCGAUUACGUCCGGAGCGAGUUUGCCAAACUAAACAGCAAGAACAAGCUUGAUGUGUGGCUGCAACAUGAAGGGAAGUGGUGGGUCGCUAGCCCAAAGCAUUGGAAUUUUACGGCUGCUAGUAAGGCUGUUAAGCAAGUCUUUGGAGUCGAACCAGACAUGACUAGAGAAGGUGGCAGUAUUCCUGUCACAUUGACAUUCGAGCAAGCAACUGGCAAGAACGUGCUGCUGUUACCUAUGGGAAGUUCUACAGAUGCUGCCCAUUCUAUUAAUGAGAAGCUCGAUAAGAGGAACUAUAUUCAAGGGACAAAAUUACUUGGCGCUUAUCUGCAUUAUGUUGCAGAGGAACCUAUUAACGCCUGA